AUGUUUCGACUUACGAACAUCCUUCGAUCAGCGGUAACCAGAAUGUCUAUUACUGCCGAGCUUCGCAAUGAUCUCGAAGACUGCGCAAAUCGCAUGCGUAUCUCAGCGAUUGAGAUGACUUGCGCAGCUAAAAGUGGGCAUCCAUCAUCAUCCACAUCUGCAGCCGAUAUCGUCGCGACGUUGUUCUUCCAUGAAAUGAAGUAUGACGCUAAGGAUCCAAAAAAUGCCAGCGCCGAUCGUUUUGUCCUUUCGAAGGGUCAUGCUUGCCCUAUCCUCUAUGCAGCAUGGGAGGAAGCCGGUCUUCUUUCUAGAGAUCAAGUGAUGUCACUACGUAAGAUCACAUCUGACGUUGAAGGACAUCCGACUCCGCGUCUCAGUUUCAUCGAUGUUGCAACAGGCUCCCUUGGACAGGGAUUAUCGUGUGCUGCUGGUAUGGCAUACGUAGGAAAAUAUAUAGACAAGGCCAGCUACCGCGUUUUUUGUUUGAUGGGAGAUGGAGAGAAUGCUGAAGGAGCAGUUUGGGAAGCUGCUUCAUUCUCCUCAUAUUACAAACUUGAUAAUCUGGUUGCCAUCGUUGAUUGUAAUCGCUUGGGUCAAUCGCAAGAAACUGCUUUGGGACAUCAUGUUGAAAUGUAUCAGGCUAGGUAUGCUGCCUUUGGUUUUAACGCAAUUGUAGUAGAUGGGCAUAACUUUGAUGAACUUAUAAAAGCAUUUGAGACAGCCAGGAACACCAAGGGAAAGCCGACUGCCAUCAUUGCAAAGACAUUAAAAGGACAAGGAAUAGAAGGUGUAGCUGAUCAGCUAGAUUGGCAUGGAAAACCAGUUCCAGAAGAAAAGGUCAAUCCUAUAAAAGCUCGUUUGCAUGGAAGUCAAAAAGGCAAGCUUGUUGCUCAAAAGCCAACUGAUGAUGCUCCCAAGGUCGACUUGCACGUUGGUUCCAUCAAAAUGGCUCCUCCUCAGUACAAGAAGGGCGACAAAGUAGCCACAAGGGCCGCCUAUGGUACUGCUUUGGCUAAACUUGGAGAUGCAAGUCCACGUAUUAUUGGCUUAGAUGGUGAUACAAAAAAUUCCACAUAUUCUGAAAAACUGAUGAAGAAACAUCCUAACCAAUUCAUCGAGUGUUUUAUUGCUGAACAGAAUCUUGUCGGUGUAGCAGUUGGUGCUCAGUGUAGAGACAGAACGAUUCCGUUCACUAGCACAUUCGCUGCUUUCUUCACUCGAGCAUGCGAUCAGAUUCGUAUGGCUGCUGUAUCGUUUGCAAAUCUAAAAUGUGCCGGUUCGCACGUUGGUGUCUCAAUUGGUGAAGAUGGUCCAAGUCAAAUGGCACUCGAGGAUCUUGCUUUGUUCCGAACUUUGCCCGGAUCUACAGUAUUUUAUCCGACUGACGCAGUAGCGGCUGAGAGGGCUACUGAACUAGCAGCCAAUAUAAAGGGCAUCGUUUUCAUUCGUACUGGUCGCCCUGCUCUUCCUGUGCUCUACGAUAACAAUGAACUGUUCGCUGUUGGACAAGCUAAGGUGCUAAAAGAGUCACCUAACGAUAAAAUGCUUUUGAUUGGUGCCGGUGUGACCAUUUACGAAAUCAUGAAAGCUGCUGAUCAGCUUGAGAAAGAGGGUUUGCAUUGCUGUAUUAUCGAUCCGUUCACUAUCAAACCUUUGGAUGAGGCUACCAUUGUCAAACACGCACAACGGACGGGAGGCAGGAUCCUUACGGUUGAGGAUCAUUAUCCAGCUGGAGGAAUUGGAGAAGCAGUGGCCGCUUGUGUCGCUAAGCAUGGCAUUCGCGUCAAAUCUCUAUGCGUUAAUGAUGUUCCUCGUUCUGGUAAACCCGAUGAACUGCUCGAUAUGUUUGGCAUUUCUGCUCGCCAUAUUGUUGAAGCUGUCAAAAAAUACUGAACACUUCUUUGGACCGGCUGAUUUUGAGAUUAAAAGAAUUCUAUGCAGAAUCUUAAUAUUACAUUCCGCAAAGUUGUGUAGAGGUUUUAUUCUCGCUGUCACCUAAGGAGGACUGAUUUUUGUUGUUAUUGAUUAGAGUUUAUAUGAAUACAGUUGAUUUUGCUUUUGCUCGGAAAA